CUCAUCGAUUCCUGCAAAGGAGUUCCUCCGAAUUCUCUCAUUCCUUGCCGGAUCAGACAAACAAGAACGCUCGCUGGCAGGAACUUUUCGUUACUACUGUUAACUAUCGUGACUUAUGCGAACGCAGCGGACGGUGUUGAGAGUGCCUCAAUAAGACCAACCUAAAAUAAGAUCAACGUGCGCUCAGGCGAGAAACCCGAUCGAAGGUGCGGACUCGGUGCUGUCGUUGUUCGAGUGCUUUUUUUUAUUCUUCGCCUUCUAUUUCUGUGUUCUUAUACUUACUGACUGAUCUCAUGCAGGUAUUUUGUGCGAUCUUGAUUAAUUCAUUGGAAAACUUGUGAAUGUUCGUGGUGAGUAAAUGACUGUGUUGCCUAAAGACGGAAGGACCUGUAUCGGUGCUUUUUCUCUCAGGACACAAGGGACUAGUAGAGACAACAACAUCGAGAUGAAUCAAACUUGUAAAGUGUGCGGUGAACCUGCUGCUGGUUUCCAUUUUGGUGCCUUCACAUGUGAGGGAUGUAAAUCGUUCUUCGGACGAUCCUACAACAACUUGAGUUCAAUAUCGGAAUGCAAAAACAACGGAGAAUGCGUCAUAAACAAGAAGAACAGAACGGCAUGCAAAGCCUGUCGAUUGCGAAAAUGUCUCUUGGUUGGCAUGUCGAAGAGCGGAUCCCGCUACGGACGUCGUUCCAACUGGUUCAAAAUCCACUGUCUCCUUCAGGAACAACAGCAGCAACAACAACAGCAACAGCAGCAGCAACAACAACAGCAGCAGAACCAGGUCACAGGUAGCGGUAUCCCCAAUAACGUGAAACCGCCCCCGCCGAAAACAUCCCCUCAUCAUCCAGCCAAUGUCAAUUUCGGACUUCUUGGUGCAUUGCCUCCAUCCCCUCUCAUCCACUUGCCCAGAACAAGGGACGAGCUCAUGCUCCUCGGUUUCGACGAAUACAAAACAACAGCGUCCCCUUCGGUCAGCUCUCCCGAAUCCCACAAUUCCGAUUCGUCAGUGGAAAUGAGCGAGGGUCGUAGAAACAACCCCUUGCCUUUCUUCCCGAACCUUCUGCCGCCUGCGUUCCUGCCACCUCCAGGUUUCCUGUUUCCGCCGGGUUAUCCGCCCUUCUAUCCGGCAGGACUCCUUCAAACCGCCACCGCAAACAACAAUAAUAAUAAUAACAAUCGACUAAUCAGAAACCACAAUCCAGGCGUCGAAGCCAUCAACAAGCGGAUAUUCCUGGACGCCGUCCUCCAAUCGCAAAGGACGCCGACGCCCGACGAGGUAACCAAGGAAACGAUUAUUCAGGACACCCCCAUUGAUCUCAGUAUGAAGUCGUGCAGCGACAGGGGCUCCUCCCCAGUUCAUAGCGAACGAUCCGGCUCGGAAAUGACCGAAAGGGGAGCAGGAAGUGAAGCGGACGAAGAAGAAAGUGACUGUGAUUCAGAACACGAGGUCAAAAGGAUAGGUCUCCAUCGACCAACCCCGUUGGACCUUACUACCAAAGUGUGAUAUCGGUUGACAAACGAUUACACCGAUGUGUUCCAGUUAAAGUUCGAUUAUCAUCGACAACUACUUAAAAAUUGGCAUAUCAAAAUUUAAAUUAGAUUUUCAUGAAAACAUAAAUUGAUUAUUAUAUUGAAAGAAUAUUCUUAUGUUCAUGCCCACUAAAAAUCGUCAAACCUUGAAGAGGAAUCUUUAUAUUUUAAUUUUCCAAAAGUAACGUUCCAUUUUGUAUUAUUCCCUCCUUGGAAUGGUUAGAUAAAAAAAAAGAUUUUCAAAAAGAAUAGAAUUGUAAAUAUAUAGUAAUCAUUCAGCUAGUUGUAAAUGAAGCCAUUCUCGACGUGAAGUGUCUGGGACAUAAAAACUCAAUCAACUGUUGACCUACCAAAGAAUGGGGUUAAGACUCUAAUUGAUGAACGGCGUGGAUAAUAAUGGACCGACAUGGAACAUAUGCUUUCGCGAUGGGUUUUUUUAUCUUUUUAUUCUCUUUAUUCUCAUAUUCUCCUCUAACAGAGACGAUUUAUCACGCCUUAAUAAUAAACUGCAAUUGCAGUACCUACAUGCAAUUUAUGCCGAUCCGAUAAACAGUUAAACUAAACAGUUGUUCAGUUAUUAUUAUUAUUAAUAUUCAUGAGAAAAAAAUAUAUAUUUUGAACAAUAUCGUUUAUAUCGUUCGUAACGAAAUAAAUGUGGUGCUUUGUCGAUCUUUAUAAGAUCGAAUACGACUUAUGUUAGAUAUUAUUAUACAAUAAAUAUUUAUCAAAGGGGCCAGUUAAUGUUACGAUAAUACUGUUGUUAUACACCAGUUGUUACCUAUUUUAUUUAUCUAUUAUGUAUGUAAUACAUCAACAGGUGCUGCUUUGGUCGAAAAGAGUUUUGUUUUCUUAGAUUUCUUUUUUUUUAUACUAAAUACAAUUAUUAAUUAAUAUUAUUUUUCUGUGUUGUUGAAAAUUAUUAUUGUGUCUGUAUUGUAUUUGUAAAUAUGUAUUUUUCUUUUUUUUUGUGACAUCCUCAAGGGAUUUAGGCCAGUUGUGAAUUUAUCAA